AUGCCAGAAACCGUAGACCAAUGCAAAAAGCUUGCCCUUCCUGGGCAGGGUGAUGCUUUUGCAGAGCAGAUGCUAGACAUACACGGCGAGAGGCUCGAGAUCAUGACCCAAUACAAUGUCGAACUCUUUGUUCUGUCACUCGCCAGUCCUGGACCCCAAGGCCAGCAUGAUAAGGAGAAAGCAGAGAGUCUUGCUCGGCGAGCCAACGACUAUAUGGCAAAGGAAGUUGGCAAGAAUCCAAAGCGGUUUGCAGGCUUUUGCGUUCUCUCAAUGCACGAUCCUUGUCAAGCUGCCCAAGAGCUACGCCGUUCAGUCAUCGAGCUUGGCUUGAAGGGUGCCAUCAUCAACGACUUCCAGUCAGCUGGGCCUGAUGGCGAAACAAUGCUCAUGUACGACCAGCCCGAGUAUGAUCACUUUUGGGCCGCUGUACAGUCACCACACCUUCAGAAAGAGCUCUGGGAUCCUCGUUGGUGGCUAAGCAUAGCGUCGUUACAAUUUGGUCAAGACGUACAGCGCCAUAUCCUUGGAAUGUGCGCCAAUGGUGUCUUCGACCGCUUUCCAAGCGUCAAAAUUGUGAUUGGACAUCUCGGAGAGAUGACUCCAGGGCAUCUUUGGCGUAUCGAUCACUGGAUGAUCAGGCACUACAAACAUAAGGGGCUGCCGAUGAAGCACCCUUUCCGAUACUAUUUCCAAAAGAACAUUUGGCUGACGACAUCUGGCCAUUUCUCAACUCCAGAUUUGUUGAAUGCCAUCACUGCUGUGGGGGCGGAUCGGAUCAUGUUCUCCAUUGAUCACCCGUUCGAGGACAUCGAAGAAGCAGCCAUCUGGUGGGACAACUUGCAAAUGAACCCAACGGACAAAGUCAACAUGGGGCGUAACAAUGCUAUCAAGUUGCUGAAGCUUGAUUUGCCUUUAGACGAGACAGCCUACGAGUCACCAGUAGAGAUCGCAUGGGCACGGUGCCAUGCGACUCGCCCAGGACAGAAAGUCGUAGCAGCUUGUUGCAAAUCUUCCCACACUGGCCCACCUAAUGUAUUGUCCCUGCCGAGGCCGAGAGCUGAGGCUUCCUUCCUUCAUGGUAGCCUAGAUCCGUCUUCCGAAUUUGUUUCGGUAGUCUACCCCAAUGAACGGCAAGCCCGGCUUGCAGGCACUGAGGUCUCUCAUCACCCUCUCUCACAGCGCUUCGUCUUCUCAGUCGAUCCAACACCCGAAUAUAUACAGUCCCAUCUCUUCACGCUAAACCAGGAGGUGCGCGGCGUACUACCCGAUGUCGCCAUGGCGUAG